UAUCUUGUGCCGCUGGUGAAGUUCGCAGUCUGAAUUGCUAUGCCUGUUACUGAGAGAUAAAGAGACAGAAACACGGACCUUUAACUCUCAGGGACAGCGGUGUAACAUGAGUGGUUUUACGGCUGUGGUGAACCAGUGAAGACUGAAAAUGUUUUCCAUGUCAAUGACUGUCCAGCCACAGGUGACUGUACCUCUGAGCCACCUCAUCAAUGUCCUGCACUCUAUGAAGAGCUCAGUGGGGAGCAGCAGCAGCAGUGCCACCUGCAAAUCAAGAAGACACAAGGAGCAUGUCUCAGACUCAGAGCUACACCACACAGAGCCCCUGUGGAACCUGCGUGAGCUUGGUCUGUCAGACCUGGGAGCACAGCAGCUGGAUGAGCUGGUGAACAGCAUGUUACCACGCUUGAGUCCACAGGAGGCGCCACUUCCAUUGGGUGGACAGACAGCCUGGAGGACAUCACAUCUUUCUACGCACUCCUUUUACCAUAAUAAGCAUGGUUUCUCAUGCGGUGCAAUGCCGAUGUCUUACUCCAGGCUGCACCCUUCACCUCUUCAGUCCGUCUGCACAGAGCUGCAACACUGGCCAGUGUUUGUCCCGAGCCGAGGCUUUAAAACUUUAAAGAGCAAAACCAGACGACUGCAGUUAGCCCCCGACCGCCCCCUGGAAUCUGAGGGAUUCACACCAUCUUUUAUGAAGGGUUUCCUGACGCGUGACAAGGGGAUUGAAGUAGAAAGUAUAGACAGCCUGCUAAAGACCAAGAACUUACCUGAUGGCCAGCAGGAUGCUUUCAAGAGGGGCUUUGCCGAGGGUUUCCUGAAAGCCCAAGCCCUGACACAGCGCACACAAGACUCUCUCAGGAGGACUCGUCUGAUCCUGCUGGUGCUGCUUCUUGUUGGGCUGUACGGUAUCUCCAAGACCCCCUUCAUAUCGGUACGGUUCCGAACCACAUCAGGCCUGGACUCUGCGGUGGACCCUGUUCAGAUGAAAAAUGUGACCUUUGAGCACGUCAAAGGGGUGGAGGAGGCCAAGAAUGAGCUUCAGGAAGUGGUGGAGUUCCUGAAGAACCCACAGAAGUUCACAGCCUUGGGAGGAAAGCUGCCAAAAGGUGUUCUACUGGUUGGCCCUCCGGGGACUGGAAAGACUCUACUGGCCAGAGCGGUGGCAGGAGAGGCAGAUGUGCCGUUCUACUACGCCUCCGGGUCCGAGUUUGACGAGAUGUUUGUUGGAGUGGGAGCCAGCCGCAUCAGGAACCUUUUCAGGGAGGCUAAAGCCAAUGCUCCCUGUGUGAUCUUCAUCGAUGAACUGGACAGCGUGGGAGGGAAAAGGAUCGAGUCUCCCAUGCACCCUUACUCCAGACAGACUAUCAACCAGCUGCUUGCUGAGAUGGAUGGGUUUAAACCAAAUGAAGGUGUGAUCAUCAUCGGAGCAACCAACUUCCCAGAGGCUUUGGAUAAUGCCCUGAUCCGCCCGGGACGUUUUGACAUGCAGGUGACUGUUCCCAAACCAGAUGUGAAGGGACGCACAGAGAUCCUCAACUGGUAUCUGAAGAAGAUUAAAGUGGAUCCAGCUAUUGAGGCCAAAAUUAUUGCCCGGGGCACAGUGGGCUUCUCUGGCGCUGACCUGGAAAAUCUGGUCAACCAGGCCGCCCUGAAGGCAGCAGUCGAUGGCAAAGACAUGGUCACUCUGAAGGAGCUGGAGUUUGCUAAAGACAAAAUCCUCAUGGGCCCUGAGAGAAGGAGUGCAGAGAUAGACAAGAAGAACAAGCUCAUCACAGCGUACCAUGAAUCAGGCCAUGCCAUUGUAGCGUACUACACCAAAGAUGCCAUGCCGAUUAACAAGGCCACCAUCAUGCCCAGAGGCCCCAGUCUGGGACAUGUGUCCAUGCUCCCAGAGAACGACCGCUGGAGUGAGACUCGCUCUCAGCUGCUGGCCCAGAUGGAUGUCAGUAUGGGCGGCCGUGUAGCAGAGGAGAUUAUAUUUGGCCAUGAGUACAUCACGACUGGUGCAUCAAGUGACUUUGAUAGUGCCACAAAGAUCGCCAAGAUGAUGGUGACCAGAUUUGGAAUGUGUGAAAAGUUGGGUGUGAUGACCUACACUGACAUGACAGCCCAGAGCCCAGAGACACAAGCAGCUGUGGAGCAUGAAGUCAGGGUGUUACUGAAGGAGUCUUAUGAGCGUGCCAAAGCCCUGCUGAAGUCUCACACCAAAGAGCACAAGAACCUUGCAGAUGCUCUGCUCAUGUAUGAGACUCUGGAUGCCAAAGAGAUCCAGUUGGUCCUGGAGGGCAAGACGCUGGAGACCAGAUGAAACAGGCAAGGACGGCAACAAUCGGGGAGUGACAGGGUGGGGGAAGGGGUCAGAUUUUAAGAGCUCAGGGGUCAUGAAGGAGGGAUGGACUCAGUUCAUGUGCAGAGAAUCAGAGGAGUAAGAAGUGCUCAUGUAGGACUAUGUCAUGUUUUCAUGCUGUCACCUUUGUGUAAUCGCAUCAGUAUUCCCAAAUAUGUAGUUCUGUCAUGUGGCACUUAAGACUUUCCUGUGAAAAGAAAAAAGCAGGUGUGUGUUGCUCGGGUUCACUGUAUGUGACGGAUGAAUGGAUGCUGCUCAGGUCACUUUAUCAGUUGGUGUGAGGUAAUAACACAUGAAUGUAAAACAGCAUCUGGGUGGGAUUCUUUUUUUAAUGUGAAUUGUUGAAACAGGAGUUGAAAUUUGGUUAAAUUCUGCUCAGCCAAGUCUGUUUAGAUUCCUGUUGUGUCAAUGGGAAACACUGAGCGGCAUGUAUUUUAAACCCAAAGAGCUGCGGUGACGUCAUCGCGACCAGACUUUAGCGAAAUCCCAAUUCCUCUGCACAAUGUCCCUGUUAACUAUUUUUAAAGGUGGCCUUUUGGGGAAUGUACUUUGAAGGAGGAAGUGUACAAAGUUAAAUUUUAACGUCUCAGCACUUUGGGUAAGCAUAGAAAAAGCACUUGUGCACUCUUCGUGUAAUUUAUUUCAUUGGCGCUUUGUGUACAGAUGGAUCAAAAACUGCUGCUCAGCCUCACAUAGCAUGCAACAAAUACAGUCUGUGUUUAUGUCGUGAUAGAGCGUCGGGAUCUUUAGGUUUUUAAGGUUGUCACGUUGGCCUAAUUUAUUUAAAUAGAACAAAAUAUCACAUUUCUUGUAAUUGUAAAUGAGUGGAUUAAAGACUCUUAACCUGUAGAUUAUUUGGACACACAACAAGGCCAGUUUUCAGUUAUUGUCCUUUGGCGUCUUCUUUGUCGUCACAUUGAAGCAAAGACAUUUUUCACAGUGCAGUGGAAGAAAGAUGCCGAUAUUUAUAAAGGAAGUUAAGCUGUAACAAAUCCAAUUGUGAAGUGACAUCCUUGACUCUAAAUAUGACGUUUAUUUAACACAGAUUUUGGGGAGAAACUUGCAAAGUUGCGCCUCUCUAAAAAUGUUCAAUGUCCCAAUUUCCAAGUGACUAGUUACAGCAGCAGCAGUGUACAGUAUGUAAUCCAUAUUUUAGCAUUUUCAAAGAUUUCAUUUUAAGUAUAUCUCCUGUCCAUAGUACCACCAGCAUAUGUUAAACAUAGUGUGACCUUUUUCUGUUUUUUUCGCUUCUAUUUGAGACAUUAUCUCCUCUGUUAAUUGGCCUUGUAACCAUGUUAAGCUGUAUAUAUGACUGGGAUGUAAUGGGAACAUUGUAUAUAGAUGUAUAGUAAUGCUUUCAUGCUGAGAACACGUUGAAUGGCUCUCUGCUGUUGAUUGACAGAGUCUCUCAACAAUAUGAUGGUGAUGAUUGAUGAAUGUUUGUGCAGCAGAGAUAAAUAAAAUGAAACCCAUAUUUAAAAAAACAAAA